AUGGAACCAGAAAAUGGCCAGCGCUCAGGAUCUGACACACUUCUUGUGCUUCAACCGAAAUCUUUUCGUUCCUUCAAUAAUAAGGAUGAAUAUUUAUAUGCUAUGAAAGAGGACCUUGCAGAUUGGUUCACUUGUUUGUAUAAAAUAGAAAUAAAUGGUGAUUUAUUUUUCGAAGUUAUCGAAACUGGCAUAUUACUCUGCAAACAUGCCAACGAAGUUAUCAACUUCACCAAGGAAAGACGAGAAAAAGGAAUUGAAAUUAUUAUGAAAUCAUAUUUUGUGACUCAUAUUCCUGAAAAUUUGAUCCAAUAUAAAGAAAACAAUGUGAAGCCAGGAUCAUUUUUAGCGCGUGAUAAUAUUUCUAAUUUUAUUUCGUGGUGUCGAUUACUUGGCAUACCGGAUGACCUUCGUUUUGAAACUGAGGAUUUAGUGACCAGAAAAAAUGAAAAAAGUGUUAUUUUGUGCCUCCUGGAAGUGGCAAGAGUUGGUGCAAAACUUGGAAUGUUGGCACCAACUAUUGUACAAAUGGAGGAAGAAAUUGAUGCCGAGUUGGCUGGGGAACCCCCACCACAAAUUAUUACCUGUGAUUUGAAAUCUUUAGAUGAAAUGGUAAGUUCGAAUGUUUUUAGGGGUUGGAUGAUGACAAAAAACAAAAUUUACACCUGUUUCAGUUUGGUUCGUCUAUUAGUAGGAUAUUGUACAUGUCCCAUACAGUUUGCUAUGGUUAAAGUUGGUGAUGGAAAAUAUCAAGUUGGCGAAUCCAAGACACUGAUAUUUGUUAGGAUAUUACGAAAACAUGUAAUGGUGCGUGUAGGAGGAGGCUGGGAUACAUUAGAAAGAUAUUUAGACAAACAUGAUCCUUGUAGAUGUAAUGGUAGGUUUAUUGAUUUCUUUAUCAAGCCGUUUAGGUUCAAUGUCCCUCAAAGAAAUACACUGAUACCACCAAUUUCAAGGAGAAUGCAAUAA